AUGGAGGUGAAGAAGCAAGAGAAACCUGGAAACUUGUCGCCGGUCAGGCCCACGAUUAAACGGGAGGCUGACGACGGCAAGAGUUCCAGGUCUGGCAGCAAAUCCGAAAAGGAACUCAAGUUACCUCCCGAGAAAGCGCCCAGCGAUGACGGGGCCGUAAGGAGGGAAAGGCGCGCGUCACGGUGCAGUGAAAGUUCAAAGGAGACACUUGAAAGGCAGGACUCGAAGUCGACGUCUCUAGCAAGUCCUAAGGUAUCACGGAAGUACUUCACUAACUGGAAGCAGGCAUGUGACAAAACUAAAGAUAAAACUAAGGAGCUGCUGAAGCGAUGGAGGACGUUGCCUGAGGCUGAAUCAUCCGAAGGUCACAUGGAAGAGGCUGGACACAGUAAGGAAGAAAAACAUCACGGGUGGAGUGUACACGUCUGGAGUAAG